AUGACGAUGAUCAGGCAGCCGGCGCUCAGGCACUUCUCGCAGCAGGAGGUGAGGUACCCCAAGAUGGAGCACAUGGACCUCGUGAAGUGUCGGGUGCUGAAGGAGAGGAGGACACUGCUGAACAACGCCAUGGCGGAUGGGUCGGUGACAGCUUUUUGGGGCAAUGGUCGCCCAGCGUUGUUUGUUCCAACAAGAGGUCGCAUGGGCUUUGGCGGCGUUCAGCGUGGUACUGAUUUGGCGAAGCUCACGGCCGCGUUCGAGGCAUGCGCCAAAACACUUCAGAACCACCGGCGCCGCCCGCAGGAUUGA